AUAUUUGCCUGACUUAUGGGGAAUUCCCAACUCCACUAAAAUCUUCUCCGGCGACUCAUUCCCCAAUUUUCCGACGAUGUCCAUACGACACCCAUUGCCGGCGCUCGACACUCACGCGCCGCCGCUUCUAUUACUCUUCCUACUCGCCGUACCCGCCGCCUGCUGGCGGCCCUGGCCGACCAACUCCACCGCCGCCGACCACCUCUACGGCGGCUCCAAAAAGUACGAAGGCUCGUCGGAAUUCGUCCAUCUGAAAUACCACAUGGGCCCCAUCCUCACCGCCGACAUCACCGUCUACCCGAUUUGGUACGGCGCCUGGCGGAGCAGCCAGAAACGGAUAAUCCGGGAGUUCAUAACCUCCAUCUCCGCCGCCGAUUCGACGGCGCCGUCCGUCGCCGGCUGGUGGCGAACCGUCCAGCAGUACACCGACCAGACCGGCGCCAACAUUUCGAGAACCGUCCGGCUCGGCGAAGAAAAGUCGGACCGGUUUUACUCGCAGGGGAGGAAAUUCACGCGGUUAUCCGUACAGUCGCUGAUAAAAUCGGCGAUCUCCGCCUCCACGCGGCCGCUGCCGGUGAACCCCAACGGCGGCGUAUACCUCAUCCUCACCGCCGGCGACGUUUACGUCCAGGAUUUCUGCAACAACGUCUGCGGAUUUCAUUACUUCACGUUCCCGUCGAUCGUCGGGCACACGCUGCCGUAUGCCUGGGUCGGAAACUCCGGCCGGCGGUGCCCCGGCAUCUGCGCGUAUCCGUUCGCCGUGCCGGAAUUUAUUCCGGGGCUGAAGGCGGUGAAAUCGCCGAACGGCGACGUCGCCGUCGACGGAAUGGUGAGCGUAAUCGGGCACGAAAUUGCGGAGCUAUCCACGAACCCGUUUAUCAACGGUUGGUAUGCGGGUCAGGACCCGAUUUUUCCUGUGGAAAUAGCGGAUUUGUGCGAGGGUAUUUAUGGUACUGGAGGCGGUGGGUCCUACACCGGACAGAUGAUGAACGGUAAGGAUGGUGCCACGUAUAAUAUGAAUGGGAUCAGACGGCGGUUCUUGGUCCAGUGGGUAUGGAAUAAUAUGUUAAAUUACUGCACUGGCCCUAAUGCACUUGAUCAGUAAGUGAGUAUAUCUCGUUUUGUAAGGACGUGUUUGGCUUUCUCCGAAACUUGAUUUUCAAUUUUCUUUAUAUUAUUUUUAUUUUUAUUUUAUUUUUCUGAUUUUGCUGGUGGAUGAUAAUUCAAUUUUAAUACUGUAUUUAAUAAACUCGAUUAAUUUAAUUUUAUUAAAU